GGUGUCCCCGCAGGUUUUGCUGCGCGGCGCGCAGCGGUGAGCACAAGGCCCCAGGAGGGCUUGCGGACAGAGAGCUGGCGGUCAUCAUGGCAAUGCGGGAGCUGGUGGAGGCAGAAUGCGGCGGUGCCAACCCACUCAUGAAACUGGCUGGGCACUUCACCCAAGACAAGGCCCUGCGACAGGAAGGCUUGAGGCCUGGCCCCUGGCCCCCGGGAGCCCCCGCUCCGGAGGCGGUCUCUAAGCCUUUGGGAAUAGCCUCUGAAGAUGAGCUGGUGGCUGAAUUCCUGCAUGACCAGAAUGCACCACUUGUAUCCCGUGCCCCUCAGACCUUUAAGAUGGAUGACCUCCUGGCAGAGAUGCAGGAGAUUGAACAGUCCAGCUUCCGCCAGGCUCCCCAGAGAGCCCCUGGUGUGGCAGACUUGGCCUUGUCGGAGAACUGGGCCCAGGAGUUUCUUGCAGCUGGAGAUGCUGUGGAUGUAACUCAGGAUUAUAAUGAGACUGACUGGUCCCAAGAAUUUAUCUCUGAAGUUACAGAUCCCUUAUCUGUGUCCCCUGCCCGCUGGGCAGAAGAAUAUCUGGAACAGUCAGAGGAGAAGCUGUGGCUGGGAGAGCCUGAGGGGACAUCCGCCACUGAUCGUUGGUACGAUGAAUAUCAUCCUGAGGAGGAUCUGCAGCACACGGCCAGUGACUUUGUGGCCAAGGUGGAUGACCCCAAAUUGGCUAACUCUGAGUUCCUGAAAUUCGUGCGGCAGAUUGGCGAGGGUCAAGUGUCCCUGGAGUCCGGUGCAGGGUCGGGCCGAGCUCAGGCAGAACAGUGGGCAGCAGAGUUUAUUCAGCAGCAGGAUACAUCAGAGGCCUGGGUUGACCAAUUCACGAGACCAGUAAACACAUCUGCCCUUGAUAUGGAGUUUGAGCGAGCCAAGUCAGCGAUAGAGUCUGAUGUCGAUUUCUGGGACAAGUUGCAGGCAGAGUUGGAGGAGAUGGCAAAACGGGAUGCUGAGGCUCACCCCUGGCUGGUUGACUACGAUGAUCUCACGUCUGCUUCCUAUGAUAAGGGGUACCAGUUUGAGGAGGAGAACCCCCUGCGUGACCACCCCCAGCCUUUUGAGGAAGGGUUGCGGCGACUUCAGGAGGGGGACCUGCCGAAUGCUGUGCUGCUUUUUGAGGCAGCUGUGCAGCAGGAUCCUAAGCACAUGGAAGCUUGGCAGUAUCUGGGUACCACUCAGGCAGAGAAUGAACAGGAACUAUUAGCCAUCAGUGCCCUGCGGAGGUGUCUGGAGCUAAAGCCAGAUAACCGGACAGCACUGAUGGCACUGGCUGUAAGCUUCACCAACGAGUCCCUACAGCGCCAGGCCUGUGAAACCCUGAGAGACUGGCUGCGCUACUCACCCACCUACGCCCAUCUGGUGACCCCUAGUGAAGAGAGGGCUGGUGGGGCAGGACUGGGCCCCAGCAAACGUGUCCUGGGAUCUCUGUUGUCUGACUCCAUGUUUCUUGAAGUAAAAGAGCUCUUCCUGGCAGCUGUGCGCCUGGACCCUUCAUCCAUUGACCCUGAUGUGCAGUGUGGUUUGGGAGUCCUUUUCAACCUCAGUGGGGAGUAUGACAAGGCCGUGGACUGUUUCACAGCUGCCCUCAGUGUUCGUCCCAAUGACUAUUUGUUGUGGAAUAAGCUAGGGGCCACCCUAGCCAAUGGAAACCAGAGUGAAGAAGCAGUAGCUGCAUACCGCCGGGCCCUGGAGCUACAACCUGGCUAUAUCCGGUCCCGCUAUAACCUGGGCAUCAGCUGCAUCAACCUUGGGGCUCACCGGGAGGCUGUGGAACACUUUCUGGAGGCCCUGAACAUGCAGAGGAAAAGCCGAGGCCCUCGGGGCGAAGGGGGCGCCAUGUCAGAGAACAUCUGGAGCACGCUGCGUUUGGCGUUGUCUAUGUUAGGCCAGAGUGAUGCCUAUGGGGCAGCUGAUGCCCGGGAUCUGCCUGCUCUCCUAGCUAUAUUUGGCCUGUCCCAGUGACAGUGGGAUGGGCUGCCCUGUGAGUGUCCGCCUGGAGGGGUCCCCGCUCUGGAUGUGACUCUCUCUCCCUAGAUGGGCCUACCAAGGGGGUGGGCUGAUGACCACAAGCGGUACGGCCUCUCAGGAGCUGCCUCAGUUUAGGGGCAGGUAGUCCGUGUUCUCAUCCCUACGUAAUUGUAGGAAAAUGAGCUGUGUUGUCUCUGAGUCCCUUGGUAAUUCAAGGGCUGUACAUCCAGCUACAGAUCUCUCUGCUCAUCAUGCCCUUUCUUGGUGCUGCUUUUUGGGUAGGCCCAAAGAUAGAGGGUAACUGUUGUCAUCAGCUGCCAUUUCUUACAGGGCCUACCACAUUUGUAAUGUCUGUCUUUUCCCCCACUUUUACUAGCUGUUGAUCAUAGUAUAGCUUCCUUAGGCAGUUGCAUGUAGGAGGUUCUCCUGCCGUGCACCUCUAAAGAUGCCUAUAGCUGGGAUGGGAUGUGUUAGGGGUUGGCGUGCUUGAUUAAAUGUUGAUUGGGCUCAGCAGAGUUGAGUUUUGGUAGAGGUGCUCAGAGUUCUGUCAUUCUUGGACUGCUUCUGGCUGUGAGCUUCAGAUUCCCUGUGAGCACAAUGCUGCAAGCAAUAAUGCCGGUAUCAUUAUAGUAGGCGUCCUCUGGAGCUUAGGUGUGGGUCAUUAAGGGGCCAGGGCCAGUUGCAGAGUGUUUGGGGGUUAGGGAGGAGGAAGGCUCGUUUGUGGAAUGAGCCUAGAGCCAACCAGACGGGAUCAGAUCAAAGGCUAUGUUCUGGGGGCUUUGGUGGGAGGACAGAGGAAGUGAGAUGCAGGUUGUGAGUGUACCAGUCUCUCCUCUUCUUAGAAAAACCUGAGUGUAGGAGUUGAGCUAGCUCUUCUGGAAAAUUGAUUCAGAGAUUGCAACCUUUCCAAAUCCCUAGCCAAGAGGAGCAUCAGUGUUACUGUAAGCCUUUGCUGUACUUCUUGAAAUGUUUCUGGGGAGAGUGUCAAAAAAUCCCCCUCCUCCCUGUUACCUCACAAGGUGAAGUUUGAGGGAAGAUGAGGGAGCAGCUUGGAUUCUUCUUAGCUUCUCGAUGGGAAGAUACACUAAUCCCCAGAAAUGACUGCUGAGCCUCUUGCCUUGUCUUCAGUAGUUAAUGAUCAGAGAGAUUUUUUUUUUUAAACUACCAUUGUCCCAAAGUUCCAUCCUGAAAUUUAUUUUUCUUUGUAUGAAUGUGUACAUGAUUUAAAAAUAAAACUGUAAAAUAUUUGUAUGAAGAAUAAAUGGAGCUGAUAUGGGUAUGAAUCUUGCUGCCAGUUGUGAAGGUAGGGGCAGAAGGUGGGUUGGUGUUUGGAGGAUUGGUAUUCAACAGUUUUCCUCUUCUCAAAAUCUAAUUGUAUGUUGAUCAUCCAUCCAUCCAUCUACCCAGUAAUUGUGGAGAACCUAAUAUAUGUUUGGAGCCCUGCUGGUGCAGUGGUUAAGAGCUUGGCUGCCAACCAAAAGGUUGGCAGCUGGACUCCACCGGCUGCUCCUUGGAAACUCUAUGGAGCAGUUCUGCUCUGUCCUAUAGGGUCUCUAUGAGUCGGAAUUGACUUGAUGGUAACGGGUAAUAUAUGCUUUACGGGAGUAUGAAUAAUAUGGACAAGGUCCCCGUCUGUGGUCUAGCAGGAGAGAGAUGUUUAACAAUCAUAUACAUUUUUCAUACUUGUAUCACUGCUACUACAAAGGAAAAUACAGGGUGCUGUAUAAAAGUUAAAGGCCCCUGAGUGAUACAGACAGUUUGUACUUGGUUGCUCAUCUAAAGGUUGACGGUUCAAACCACUCAGUGGCUCCAUGAAAGACCUGAUGAUCUGCUUCUGUAAAGAU